AUGGCAGCCAUUCCUGCAGCGGACCAGCCGGUCCCCGAAGACGACGAGGAAGAAGCUGAGCCCUUCGAUCCGUGGGCACAGGCCGAACGACCGGCCGGAGAUGCCCCGAGUCCUACAGAUGCGGCUGAGUAUCGACAGUUUCUGCAGUUCCUGAACCGUCGAGGACAAGGACGGCAACAGGCAGCUGCUGAUGACGACGGCGACGAGGACGACCGCGAGAACCGAAGCAACGCGGGUCCUCCUCCCACAUGGGACGCGACAACGCCUUUCCGGGACUACCUGAUCAGGGCUCGGUUAUGGUUGGCGACGACAAAGACGAAGCCUCAGAGCAGAGGACCGAUGCUAGUACGUAGCCUCAGUGGCGUGCCGUUCGAUGACAUGAAGUAUUUGGCUAAGAGUGACAGCUGGAUGAGAGCAAAGGACAAUGGCGAGCAAUUGCUCGCGGCAAUGGACACCCGGGAGCUCUAUGGCGAGGACGAGCGCGAGGACAUGCUGAACAGCCUCUUCAAGAUAACCUACGCGGUGAGGAGGCAGAAGAACGAAGGCCACAAGGAGUUUUUGUCCAGAUGGGAACUGGCCAUCAGGAAGCUGUCUGAGCACAGCAUCGUCUUGCCCUCCGAGUACCUGGGUUUCCUGCUGACUAUGGCUCUUCAGCUGAAUCAAGAAGAAGUGAAACUUCUCAUGAAUUUCACUCAGGGACGUCUUAGCCAAAAGGACGUGAAGGAGUGGGUCCGGGUUCAUGAGACCAAUCUGGAUCUACGGUCGGCGGCAGCGACUUCUACCGUGACGAGGCCAAGGGCGGCCGCUGCCUACCACACCGAGGACUCCGACCUCAUCGGCGACUACGGCCCUGGCGACGAGGACGGCCAGGAGGAUCAGAUCGAGGUCUUGCUGAAUGCGAUGCAGGAUCUCGACGGCGAGCCCGAGGGCGGCCAGGACGACGGCGAGGGGAUCUUUGAUGAGGACGAGGCCCGGGAAAUCUUGUCGACCAUGGUCAAGGAGCACGCCAAGAAGAGGACCUUCUUCGCCGUGAAUGAGGCGAAGAAGAACAAGAACCUCGCGAGGGGCUACGGCACUGGAGCCCGCCACUCCUUCGGCAAGGGGGGUGGUAAAUCCGGACACAAGGGCGGAGCAUCGAGGGUUGGACAUUGGCAUCGUGAAUGCCCUCGGCCCAAUCGACUUCAUGGCAAGGGCGAGAAAGAGCACGGGACCCAUCUUCUGGAGACCGGAGCUCAUGAGGCGCACUUCCUCGGCUUCGAUGACUUUCUCCGAAUCAAGAAGGCCCUUGCCGAUGAGACCGGUGACCAGAUAACGUAUGGAGGGUCCACAAGCAGUGGAUCCCGAAGGCGACCUGCCGGAUCGGCCUCCGUUUUGUCCGCAUAUAAGGAGCGACUGCCUGUUCAUGAUGUGUGGUUUCUUGAUAGCAGAUCUCAGCAAACUCCGCUGGAUGAUGAUGACACAUGUGCCACAGUUGACACAGGUUGCCAGAGAUCUGCGGUAGGUAGUGAGACGCUUCGGAAGCUGUUGGAGCAUCAGCCCCCAGGCCUUCGAACGAUAGUCAAGAACGAAGUUCACCACUUCAAAUCCAUCAACGGCAUCAGUAAGACAGACCAUGUGGCUUGCAUUCCGACAAGUCUGGGACCCAGAGGGUGCUUGUUGAGACCUGCAGUGUUCGAGGAUGAAGCUACCAGGAAGGCACCAUUCCUGUUGUCCUUGCCCUUUCUACAUUGUCGGUCAGUGUUGCAUCUUGAUCCAGUGGAAGGUUUGAGUUUGGAGCUCAAGAAGUUCAAUCAUAGGAUCCCUCUACACAUUGGCCCUACCGGUGCUCUGAGGGUUCCCUUGCACAGGUUCAAUAAAGACAUGAAAGCUGAGCUUAGCAAAGCCCUUGAACAACUGGAACCUGCCCUUGAUGCACAUCAGCUUGCCGACCUUCCGGAAGAUCGGCUCAGCAGGCACCCCCGUGCUUCCAUAUAUCCACGUGAUCCCCCGCUUCCCGACCUUCAGCAUCAUGCCGGCCGAGAAGCGCUCGCGCAGCCAGAAGAAGGAGCCGGAGCUCAACCCGGCAGAGGUGGCAUGGAACUGCCUCAGCUGACAGGGAACGAGCUGGACCAGCUGCGCUAUGCCGUGGACCAGCAUCUGGAGCGACGGGCCCUAGAGGAGACCCAGGCGGAACACUGGGAUGCAAGGCGCGACUGGAACCGCCAGAGGACGCCGGACGAGGUCAUGGCCGAGAGGAGCGACAGCGACUUCAUUCUGGUCGAGAACCAGGCCGUGACGAAGGGCCCGGUAGAGAACAACCGGGCCACGAUCAAGAGGGCAGGGACCAAGGGAGGUUGUUCCGGCGAUGUCCCCUCUCGGGAUCCAUCGACCCGCUGCACCUAUUUCAGCUGGUUGGAGCAUCAGCCCUACUGGCAACCGACAAUGGAGGCGUCCAGCAGUCAGGGAACGAGAAGCCCGGGCAAGCACCGCGAAACAACCCCACCGCCGAUCAACUACCCGGCGGCCCCGGGAGCGGCGCCUACGACUCCGGCUCUCUCCGAGAAGAGUGCCCUCUCCGGCUUCACGACUGCGACCGAGGUCUGCCAACACAGGACGACUACCUAUGCCGGGUCGAACGCGUUUCUCCGGCAGGUGAAGUGUCGGGACUGCGGCAAGGUCCUACGCAGGGAGAAGGUGAAGCCGGGGACGGAUGUGGCUCCGCUGGUGGGGCGAGAUCCUCCGUCUCCAAGUUCGUCCAUUUUUGCGAGCCCGAGCUUCAGCCCGACGGGGAUGGAUCUACUGGGUCCAGACAACAUGGUACGGAACGGACCACCGCCGCCACAGCCGGUGAAUCGUCCAUCCCAAGCACCGUCGGCCAACAAGAUGGCCAGCUCUUCCCGCUCGGGGAAGGACCUUCAGGCGAAGAACGACUGGGAGGAAUACCAGGAGUUCCGACGAUGGCAAGCCCUCAAGAACAGCCAGAAGCGGUGUCGUUCAGCCAAGAAGGUUAGCCACUAUCAGGAGCUGUUCGCUUUAUCCCAUCAAGAAGCCAAGGUCGUGGCCGAGGUCUAUAAUCCUAGCCGGUUCAAUAGCAGGGCCAAGAAGUUUCGACUACAUCCAGGUCAGGCCUUCGACCUUGAGUUAGGCCUUGUGGUGAUCUCUCCCCCGUGCGAGGCCUUCAGCGUGCUCAACAGAUUGCUAGACAACUUCAGGAAGACCGAUGUAGCAGCGAUGAAACGACAUCUUGAUAAGUUGAAGAAGGGGAAGAUCCUCCUAAACUUCGCAAUGAAAGUUUGUCAAGCAUGUCAUGCACAAGGGACGACUUUUGUGUUUGAGCAUCCGCGCGGAGCCUCUUCAUGGAAAAUGCCUUCCGUGCAGCGCCUCCUCCGCCAGGUGGGGGUGAUCUUGGCCUUCGCGGACCAAUGCGUCUUCGGCCUCACAGAUCGCAACGGAGAGUUUCACAAGAAGCCGACCGGGUUCGUGACGAACAACAAGACGGUCGCUGAAACUUUAUCAAGAAAGUGCCCCAGGAACCACCACCACACGUGGAUCUGGGGCAGCAAAGCCAUCUCCAAGAGAGCUCAAGAAUAUCCACCUGGCCUCGUGGAUGCCAUUCUGGAAAGUUACUCUCGAUCUGUGGGCAAGGCUCCUCAAGAAAUUCGAGUACAACCGGCGGCUAAGGUGUUGGCUGAAGACCGCCAGCAUGACGUCAACUACUUUGAGCCGGCCGAGCUCAAUGAGAUCGAGCACAACCUUGCCGACCACGACUUCGAGAUCUUUGCUGGCGAGACGGAGGAGCCCGAACCGCCGGACUUCGUCGAGGAAACUCGGCCGGAGGUGGCAGUGCCUACGGAAGAGAAUGAGGCUCGAAAGCUACCAUGGAGAUCGACCUGGACCAAGGUCGAAGGACGCUGGGUCAUCUUGGAGGACGAGAUCAGGUGGCAAGAUCUUGGACAGGCCCUGCGACUGGAGCCGAACACGAGCUACAUGAGCGUGUACCAACAGCGACUGGACGAACGGGCCGACAAGAAGAUGCGGCACUUCCCAGGCAUGGCAAAAGUCACCCUAGAACGGAUGAUUCGGAGGGCCCAUGAAGGCCUUGGGCACCCUGAGCAUGGACGGUUCCUACGGAUCUUGAGACAGUCAAAUGCGUCUGAUGAAGUGAUUGCUGCAGCACAGCAGUUCCGCUGCGCAACUUGCCAGGCUUAUCGGCUACCGGAAGCAGUUCGGAAAGGCGCGCCUCCCAAGGAGGAGCUGUUCAUCAAUGAAAAGAUAGGUGUCGAUACCGUUCAUCUCCGAGAUCAUAACAAUGAAGCUGUUCCGUCUCUCAACAUAAUCGAUUUCCACACUCACUUUCAGCUUGUGAUUCCCAUGGCUGCCGAAUCUGCCAGUGAAGUUCGAAAAGCUUAUCGUCAGUGGGUUCGAUUUUUCGGGGUACCUCGCAAAGUACUGUUUGAUCUCGGCACCGAAUUCAAAGCCGAAUUCCGCAGACAGGUGGAAAACGACGGCAGCGAAGCGCUGCCGAGCUCGUUGGAAACCCCGACACAACGAGGCCUCACCGAGCGAGCCGGAGGGGUUUUCAAGGACAUCCUGUAUAAAUCUAUGGUCGACUACCAGUGCCAAACCCGAGAAGAGUGGAAGGAACUUGUCGAUAUAGCAUGUAUGACUCGGAACCGCCUGUUACUUCGAGGCGGCUACUCGCCUAUCCAGCGAGUCAUCGGCUACACUCCCCGUCUACCAGGCGGUCUCCUCACGGGUGGAGCUGAUGAUCAUACUACUGCUGCUAGGAUGGUUAUAGGUGACAAGGAUGUGGUUCGGUCUAUGAAGAUGCGAAAAGCAGCAGCCGUUGCCUUUCAUGCGGCAGACUGUGAUCAAGCAUUGAGAUCAGCGACUCUAGCCGGCCCCCGGAAGGUGAGCGACUUCGAAGUGGGCCAGGCGGUUUACUUCUGGCGGAGAGGCCUCCUCGACGCCGACAACGACAUCGCCAUCGACAACCAGCCGGAUGCAGAGGGUCAGGCCAUGGAUACAGGGUUGGGUUCAUCUUCAGGGAUCAAACGAGAAGCGGAAGAUCAACUUGAUCCUCCGGGCAAACGAAGUCGAGUGCAUCUCAUCGAGACCUAUCAUCUCCAUCUUCAAGGUCUCACAAAGCAGAGACAGAAGAAGGAAUCCAAGGCCAGUGACUUCAAGGGUGCCGACUACGAGAGACUUCAAACUGCCAUCCUCAAGGAGAUCAACAAUAACUUAGGCACCCAAGCAUACGAACUACUGAGUCGUGAAGCUUCCCAGCAGAUUGAGAUCGAGAAGCCUGAAAAGAUAAUGGAGUCGAGAUAUGUGAUCACCAAGAAGCCCUUGGAACCAUCUGAGGUCAGCAAGGCCGAGAGCGAAGGCGUUCUCCUGGAGGUGAAGGACGUCAUCGAGGCGAACCGGAUCAGCGAGGAGGCCCGCAAGUACAGUGACUUAGGCAUCCGAGUGAUGCCGAUUCCAGUCGAGAGUCUCAGGGGGUCUGUCGUGACGGACGCCGCAUGGGGCAAUGCCAAAGAACAACCAUGGGUAGAGGACCACCCAGAGGAUUACUGGGAAGAACAAGCGGAUCGCUGGACCCGGUAUCAUAUGCAUCCUCGACGGACUACUUUCCAUCCUGGAGCCGCUCCAGGAGGACCGGACCUACAUGACCUCGUGGAAGGACGCAUGAUCACCAAGUUUGACAAGGCGGCGGACGAGACCAUGCGCAAGGAGGUCUUGGAGGACAAGUGGUCCGAUGCCCAAGGCAUCCGAGUGUUGCAAGACAGCCCUUGGACCGGGCACAGUGUCUUUUGGAAGUCAAAGGAGGACAAGCUCCCGGCCACCAAGGUGCACUCUAGCCUGAACCAACUCCAAAACCUGAGCAGCCAGGGCGGCCAGAUCGUUAUCUACCACGACAAGAAGCUUUCAGAGACGGAAGCCCCAGCGAUGACGACGGUGGCAUCCUGGAAGAGCUACCGCCUGAAGCGCAAGACGGUAGACACCUUGGCAGCAGAAGGUCAAGCCUUGCAAGGAGGCUUGGGAGCGGUCCAUUGGCAUCGCCUCCUCUUCAUGGAGGCCCUCUUCGGCGAUCUGUCGGUGACUGACUGGAGAGCAGUAGCGGGUAGGCUUCCUUUUCUUGCAGCUGUUGAUUCCAAAUCUUUAUAUGAUGCAGUGAACAAAUGUGCUUGUACAGCGUCGUACGUGAGCGACAAACGAACAGCCAUUGAUUUGGCUGUCAUAAAGUCCGAUCUGACUGAGACCAGCGGUACGAUCCGCUGGAUAGACACGAGAUCGAUGUUGUCAGAUCCGCUGACGAAGCAGCAUCCCGGGGCAUAUCUGAGAUAUGUUCUUCGUAAUGGUUUUUGGUCUGUGAUGGAAGAGGGACAUGCCUUGCAAGCUAAGGCACUUGAACGAGAGGCCAGAAGAGCCCAUGAGAACCUCUUCAUUACGAUUUGGGAAACUAGAGUUUGA